GCGCAUGCGCGGUAUGGCGGGUUGGCGCAGGCGUAGGCGCGUCGAGUCGAGUUGAGUUGGGCCGAGCCGAGUGGGGCUGAGUCUGGGAACUGAGUCCGGGAAAAUGGGGAAGCGGGAUAAUCGAGUGGCCUUUGUUAAUCCAGUCGCUCUGGCAAGAGCUCGUGGUCCUGCUCCAUCAUCAGGCCCUUCCAUACAAGAUUACUUAAGUCGUCCAAGACCUACGUGGGAAGAAUUAAAAGAGCAGUUGGAAAAGAAGAAGAAAGGUUCUAAAACCCUUGCAGAUUUUGAAGAAAAAAUGAAUGAGAAAUGGAAAAGAGAACUUGAGAAAAAUAGGGAGAAAAUCUUAGGAAAUGAUAGUUCCUUCAAAAGGAAAGAGAAAAAAAGAAAGGAAAAGAAGAAAAGUAGGCCGUCUUCAUCAUCAUCUUCCUCAUCAUCAAGUUCUGAUUCUUCCUGCAGCUCUACGGACAUUGUCAAUGAGGAUGAAAAGAAGCAUGUUAAAAAGAAACGGAAGAGAAAGCAUAGCACUGUGCGAAAACCCGCCGAUGACUCACACAUAGAAUGUGACAUGGAUAGCAAGGAAACCACAAAGAAGAAAAAGAAGAUCAAGGAGGAAUCUGAUAAAGGACGAGAUAAAAAAAAGAAAAAACGUGUUCACUCGCAGCGAAGAUCAGAGGAAUCUGGUUCGGCUGAAGAGAAUGAGGCACAGUCAAGAAAAAAGAAAAAUAGCCAAGCUAAAGACAAAACUGCUGAGAAAUUGAAGAAGAAAAAGAAGCAUAAGAAACAUGGAAAAAAGAAAAAAGUAUUGGCUUCAGAUUUUGAGUCUGCAUGAAAUGAGAAUGAGAAAAAGUAUUUAAAAAAUGGAACUUUAGGUUCUUUGAAUUGUACAAGCUGCAUGGGAAAGACCUCAAGAGUUGAGGUAGAAAGGACUUGAACACUACUUGCUGCAUGAUAUUCCAAAUUCUGCUUGCAUUUGCAAACAUUUGUAACUUUUAAAGUUGUUUUUAUUUGUCAAAGGUGAUAAAUGACAAAUACAUCUUUUUUGUAGGGUUCAAUAUUAUCAAUUGUAAACAUUUUUGUUAGUCCUUUGGUAGCUUGUUUAAAAUGUGUGAUGACCCAACUGUAUUGCUCAUGUGUUGAAUCUAAACAUAACUGAUAAUUUACAAUUUAUUCGGAGUUCCACUUUACCAUGGUGUUGGCUGAGGAAAGGAACAUGCUCAUUAGCCAUACUAAAGAGUUAUAUUUGUACCAUUUCUUGAUCCUUUUAGCUCAACAGACCUAUGUUUUCAAUGUUCAGUUUUAAAUUUGUUUCUAAUUGGAGAGUAGUAUCAUUCCUUCCGAAGUAUUGAUCUGAAAGUUUUAUAACUUUGUAAAAUAUGUAAAAUAAACCUGAAGAUAUCCAUCAUA